AUGGUGACUACGCGAAAUAGCUUAGGAAAUGAUAAUACUAGUAACAGACAGAAUGAAGGAUCAACAUCCAAUGGUCCGCCAGUUAUUAACCAAGCGAACGGAACGGUAGACCUAGCCCAACUGCUGCAAGCCUUCAUUGCAGCCACUAACAAUGCGAACCGACCACCACCCAAUGUACAUGUGCCUGGACCAAUGACACGUGCCCAAGCAAUGAACGAGUUCUGCAAACGCCGACCAUCGGUAUUCCAUGGAGAACCUGACCCGAUCUUGGCAGAAGCUUGGCUGAUGGAAACCAAAGUGAUAUUCCAAACUCUAGAUAUCACUCGAGAUGGAGACCGUGUGGCCUUGGCCACAUAUCAGCUGAAAGGAGAGGCUCGCAACUGGUGGGAUCUAAUGGAAAUGACUCACGAUGUCACUAUAAUGACAUUUGAUGAGUUUGAAAACAUCUUUCUGGACAAGUAUUUUCCAACACCGUUAAAACAAGCUAAGGCGCAUGAAUUUAUGAACCUUGAGCAAGGGACAAUGACAGUUACUCAAUAUGCUGCUCGGUUUGAGGAGCUGUCUCGCUAUGCCCAGAAUAUCAUCCCAACUGAAGAUGAUAAGGCAAGAAAAUUUGAAUGGAGACUCAGUACAUCCCGGAAAGCUGUUGUAGGGCACGUGUUUCCCACUUACUCUGAAGUGGUGAAAUGUGCACUAAGGUUAGAGAGAGCAACUAUGGACUACAAAAAGAAGGCCGAGACUAGCAUUGGAGGGCCAAUCAGAACUGGCCAAAACAGCAACACCAAUUUCGACAACCGUGGACCGUACCUUAUGAAACCAUUUAACUCGCGAGCAAACAAUCAACCCUGGAAAUCUGUUGGAACGACUCAGGGCCAGAUUCAAGGGCUACCACAAGGAACUGGUCGCGAUAUCACAACGGUGCAGUGUCACAACUGCCAAGAAUGGAGACAUUACCAGAAUAAAUGCCCACAUCCUCAGAAGGAGAAGAGCACCGAGGCAGGAAAUUAA